AUGACAGUUCCCAAAGAAAUCCUGAUCGAGACUUUGACAUUUCUUCCCUUGAGUGACAUGGGAAAGAUUUUAACCAUUUCCAAGACACUUUAUCAACAGAUUCUUGAAACUCCUCGAUAUUUCAAGUCCUUGUUGAUCUCUUAUAGUAAGAGUGUUCAAGUUGAACCACUCAACAGCGUCCGAGAAGAAAAUAAAAGAACUGAACUUUUAGGGCAUCGGAAGGACUUGUUUUUGAGAUCCUUCCGCUGUAGCUCCGAUCCGAUUGGAAGUGGACAGCUUGUGUUAUUGAUAUGGUUCACACACUUUCAAAAAAAAGAACGCAUGUCGACUCUAUCUCUCAACAUCAUUCCGAAACUUCUCGUUGGUGGCGUCUCUGCUCUCCAUGUCUACAUUCUCGUUUUAGAAAUGUUUUUGUGGAAUACUCCUCGGGGAAGAAAAGUCUUCCGACUCUCCGAUGAAGAGUUUGCAAGAAAAACACAAACACUUGCGGCCAAUCAAGGUCUCUACAAUGGUUUCUUGGCUGCUGGAUUGGCUUGGUCCUUGAUGCAUCCGGACACUACUUUCGGAAAACAAUUGGCCUUCUUCUUUUUGAGUUGUGUCGGUGUGGCAGGAGUGUUCGGAGCUGCCACAGCUUCGAAGAGAAUUUUGUACGUUCAGACAGUGCCUGCAGUGUUGGCUUUUAUUUGUACGUAUUGGUUAUGGUAA